AAUCCCUACCGGAACCUCCGAAUCGUAGGCUGACUUCAGCGCCUCCCCGGAGGAGGAGCCGGAGGCUGUGAAUCAGAGGCUGACUUCAGCGCCUCCGCUCCGUGUUCGCCGCCGGUUCCCGUCCGUCCCCGAACUGCUGACCGACUGAGAGCGAUGGAGCGGAAAGUUGCGAAGGAAUUUCGCCACAAGGUGGAGCUGCUGAUUGAAAAUGACGCAGAGAAGGAUUACCUGUACGAUGUCCUCCGCAUGUACCACCAAUCGAUGGAUCUGCCCGUUCUGGUGGGAGACCUGAAGCUGGUGAUCAACGAACCCAAGCGCCUCCCGCUGUUCGAUGCCAUCCGACCUCUGAUCCCUCUCAAACACCAGGUGGAGUACGACCUGCUCACCCCGAAGAGGUCACGGAAGCUGAAGGAGGUGCGCCUGGACCGAACCCACCGUGACGGGCUGGGCCUGAGCGUGCGCGGAGGCUUGGAGUUUGGCUGCGGUCUCUACAUAUCGCAGAUCGUUAAGGAUGGACAGGCUGACAACGUCGGCCUUCAGGUUGGAGACGAGAUCGUCCGCAUCAACGGGUACUCCAUCUCGUCCUGCAUCCACGAGGAGGUCAUCAGUCUCAUCAAGACGACCAAAACGGUGUCGCUCAAAGUUCGCCAUGUAGGGAUGAUUCCCGUCAAAAGCUCCUCUGAGGACGCCCUCAAAUGGCAGUUUGUGGAUCAGUUUGUGUCCGAGUCCGGGGAGAAGAAGAGCAGCAUCGCUGGACUGGCAUCGAUUGGUGGGAAGGAGAUCAAGGAGAAGAAGGUCUUCCUCAGCCUGGUGGGGGAAAAGGGGAUGGGCAUCAGCAUCUCCAGCGGCCCCACCCAGAAACCCGGGAUCUACAUCAGCAACGUGAAGCCGGGCUCCCUCUCGGCUGAAGUCGGCCUGGAGGCUGGAGAUCAGAUCGUGGAGGUGAACGGCGUGGAUUUCACCGCUCUGGACCACAAAGAGGCCGUCAAAGUCCUGAAGAGCAGCAGAAGUCUGACCAUCACAGUUCUGACGGGAGCUGGCAGCGAGCUGUUCAUGACAGCUGAGGAGCGUCUGGCGGCGGAGGCGCGCAGGGAGCUGCAGAGGCAGGAGCUGAUGCAGCAGAAGAGGAUGGCAAUGGAGACUAACAAGAUCCUUAAAGAGCAGCAGGAGAAGGAGAGGCAGAGAAAAAUGGAGAUUGCUCAGAAAACUGCAGAGGAGGAGGAGCGCUACAAGAAGGAGAUGGAGAAGAUUGAGGCUUCAGAGAGGAAGCAUAACCGAGACUGGCAGGAGGACUGGGGAACUCAGGGCCGGCCUAAGAGUCCAAGGAGCCCCUCGCCUGCCCCACCGGGGGUCAAAGCCGCCCCGUCUCCGAAAACCAGGAGUUCUCCCACCUUCACAGAUGAAGAUGAGGAGGAUGAGCACGGCUUUCAGAAGUAUGUGGAGGACUUCGACCCCUACUCCAUGUUCUCCUCGGAGCAGAUAGCCGGCCGGGAUGUGAGGCUGCUGAGGAUCAAAAAGGCCGGACAGCUGGACCUGUCCCUGGAGGGGGGGGCUGACUCUCCUCUUGGGAAGCUGGUGGUGUCGUCGGUAUAUGAGGGCGGAGCGGCCGACAAACACGGUGGGAUUGCUCCGGGGGAUGAACUCAUGGCUGUAAAUGGGAAGAUCCUGGUCGAUGCCUCAUUGACGGAGGGACAGAACUCUCUGGCGCGGGCCUGGGGGAGCGGCGGGGACUGGAUCGAUGUGGUGAUCGCAGUUUCUCCUCCGAAGGACUACGAGGAUGAAGUGACGUUCUUCUAGCCUCGUCAACCAGCUGAAGGAGCCGGAUUGAUCAGCCCGGAGAUCCUUUCAUUCACGUCUGCUCGCUUCGACUUUUCUUCUCUCAGAUUGAGCGUCUCGUCCUGCGGAUCGACUCCACCCGUCGAUAUCCUCUCGCCACCGUCUCGGUUCAUGUCGGAGGUUCAUCCAGUCAAUAUUUUGUCGCCUGUGUUUCUGACAAGUGGUUGGAAUCAGAGAUGCUGAUCUUUGCAAGUCUGUUAAAGGUUAAAUGAAAACUGUGAUCAUUCUAAUAAAGGUUAAACAAAGAAGAA